AUGAAGUCCACCACCCUCCUCACAACCCUCUCCCUCGCCUCAACGGCCCUCUCAACCGCCAUCCCCCUCCCCAUCCGCACUAACACCCGCCCCAUCCGCCUCCUCCACAAGCCGCCCCUCUCCCCUCCCUCCCAAGGCGCCCGUAUCCUCUCCUCCCAGUCAGAAGAAUCAACCCUCGGCGGCGCCCAUCUCCCCUCCCCCCCCUCAGGAAAAGUAGCCUCCGUCACCGCCACCUUUACAAUCCCCCACGCCUCCAUGCCCGUCACCGGCCCAACAGCGAACAACACCGUAGGCCUGUACGCAGCCUCCUUCCACAUCGGCAUCGACUCGUUUUCCGCUCUCUGUCCCAACAAUAGGUUCAUCCGUGCGGGGGUGGAUAUCUUUUGGGAUGGGACCAUAGGCGGGGAGCAGACUCCUUGGGUGUGGUACCAGUCUUCACCUGCUGAUGAGGACGGGAUGGGGUUUGGGAAUUUCUCUGCAAAGGCGGGGGAUGUGGUGCGGUUCGUGGUUACGGGGAGCGAGGUGAAGGUUGAGAAUUAUGGGAAUGUGACCUGCACUAAGGGGUUGAAGGCUAGGCAGGUUGGGGUUCAGAGGGUGGAUGGGGGUGGGCUUUGUGGGCGGGACGCGGCGUGUACGGUGCAGGAUUUUCCACUGGCUGCGAUGCCUGAUUUUCCUGUUGCCCUGCCGUAUUUUCGGGGCGUGUUUUCAAAAUCU